GAUACACACAUCGAUAAAAAAGCACCCGAGUGAAGCAUUGCGCUGGAGGAAGAGUAUCGGUAGAUAGUGGUGUGAAUGGAAAUUGGUUGAACUGCAGAGACAUGAGCGAUGAUUACCUUACGGAAGGAGUUAUUCACCAAACCCAUAUUAGUGGUUGGAUGUGCGAAUUAGUUUAGUAUUAAUCUGCUUGUCACCGCGUGCAGAUCAGCCGGUGAGGAUUCUCCAAUGGCUUCGUGUAUCGGAAUUCUGUCUAUUGUCAGUUGCCUAUGUGAAAGUUAGUGUCCUGUGUUUGGCAAUUAAAAGAAAAGUGAAAACUUACUGAUUUAGCUGCUGUGAUAUCUAUCUGUUGAAAAGUGCAAUAGUUUUGUACAACUUUGUUUUGUUUAUGUUCUAUAUUGAAAAAGAAAAAUUGUUUAGUGAAAUUCAAAUUAUGCAUCAAAUCAUGUACACGUGCACUAGUGCUCAGAAUGGGCAUGGUACAAGUGACGCAAUGUACAGAUUAACGGACACUUCCCAAAACAGCAGCAAAUUAAUUAAAAAGUGCGAUUGUCUAGCAAUCGAACACAUCGUGAGGCCGAUGCGAUCUUCCCGAAAGCGUGCUGCAAUGAAUCACAUCAAGAAAAACCAAAACUCGAUUCACCGAGUAACACGUAUGACUCCCGGGAUUUACGAUGUGCUGACCGUUUUACUUUGCCUCAUUUCAAUAGUACAAACUCGACCAAAUAGUGGUUCCCCCAUUGUCUACUGGUACAACAAUCCGUGUCAUCAUAACAGCAACCAAAAUUACGAAUUUACGCGAUACAGUGUCACCAAAGAUGACAUGACAAGAAUAAAGGAGCAACUAAACACCUCACUUGGAUCUGUGGAGGAAUCCGUCAAAAACUUUACUACCACCAUAUUCGGAAGCUCAAUAAAGGAUUUUCUCGACGAAUGGCAUAACUCCGGCUACAGCUACGUCCAAUCAUUGCACAAAGGGUUGGUCUCUCCGAGAGCGUUCUCCAACAGCUCCUUGGACGAAAUAUUGAAGGACAUGGAGAUGAAGGAACUAACAGCAGUACACGAGGAGUUUUAUAAGCUAAUGAAAGAUUAUUUGAAAUACUACCGUCGCGUGGCAAAGGCUAUCGACCAGAUGAAGCAUGAAAUUCAAGAAAAUCGUAUCAAAUAUGACCAGGAACGCCUGAUGCUAUUGAACUAUAUCAGGGAAGAUGUUCGAAUAAAUCUCAAACAAGUGUUGUGUGAAAUCUACGAAUGCGUACUUAAAAUAGAUCAAGAUUUUGUACUGAAUAUUAUAAAAGACGAUGAGGUUUUCGAAUGGAAAGACGAUUAUUCUGACGAGAUGAAUCGCCAUCUUCGCGAUGGUUUCAUAUAUGGUGAUGUUGUCAAUACGCUGGAACAUAUUUUGCAGUUUAUGAGAGCAUACGAGAAAAUUUGGAACGGAAUUUAAAUCCCUACAACAUCAUGCCUGCCGUUCCUAUCUUGCACAAUUUGGUGAGCCUAGAACAUCACAAAUUCAAACUAUGAGUUUUUAAUUAAAUAUUAUUUAUUUUUAAUUGUGACGCUUAAAGCUCUUAUGUGAUUCAUCCCAGUUUUUUAAAAACAAUUUUAAUAGUUUGUAGUUUUUAGACCAAAUAUAUAAAUUUUGUAGAAGUUUAUAAUACGACGUUUCGACAAAAAAGGUUCUUUUUGAUUACUUUCUCUGUAGUUGAUAACUAGAAUGAUUUAGUCGGUGCUUAUGAAUAAACAAAACGAAAAAUAAGAUAAAAUGUAUCGAUUUAAAUGCCAAAUACAUUCGGCAACAGCUUUAUUAAUUAAUUGUCAUCAUAGGCAUACGUGUUACUAGUUGAUUCAAAAUGAUGGUUGAUUGAAAUAUGGAUUAAAUAUUUGUGGCUAUUUUGAGUUACUUUGCUACAGAGUUAGGGGCAAAUUUUCGCGAUUCCUAACACCAUACUUUUAACAUAAGGUUAUCCAUAUUUUUAUACAGAGCCUCACUCACAUUUCAGUCCCGUAUGAACAGAAAACCCAACAGUGCUAGGACUGACACAUCAGUAAACUUGUGUGACAAAUGAGUCAUAAUCGAAACAUUUGAUUUUGUGAGAUUAGAUGAGAAAAUAAACAAAAAGAACCGCACUUUUGCAAAAUAUGUCCGGUAAAAAAGUGUUCGUGAAAUAAGACAUUUUGUAAAUAUUCAUGAGAUAAUCGUUGUAAUGUAUAAGCUUGAGAAGCUUUGACACGAAAUGAUAGCAUUUAGUAACAUCCCUCGCUGAUCUAUUGUAAACUAUCCCGUUUAUAAGUUUAAAGAAACUGCAAUUAGGUAUUUAUCUUUAUUAAAUUAUUUUAUUUAUUCACAACUAUUUAUGUACAAAAUGAGCAACUAGAUGCAAACGAACAGAAUGGACGCUUGUAGCUUAUACUGCGUUGAGGUCUCUAUUAGAGUUGUUGGUGUGAAAGAGAAAUACAGCAAUGCAAAUGUGUACUCAUAAUAAAGAGGCUUUAAACAU